AACGAGCAAAUAGAAGAAAGCACGUAGAGAACCUGGAACCUUCCACGAGGUUUUCGGUAAGAACCAAAUUUGGGGCUUUGAGACGCAGGAUUUACUUUUCUAUCACAAUUCUUGUGCCUUUCCCAGCCAUUUGUCAUUCCCUCGACCAAAUUGGUUUGGUUGGCAUUGUAAUUGAUUUUAUUUGUGAAGAUCUGAGUGAGGGAUUAGGCAAAUGACGAGUGGUUUUGGGGAAUCAACGAGAGCGUCUGCUCCGAGCCCGUCAUGCUCGGGUAACAGUUCAAACGAUGCUGGUGAUUUCGAAUGCAACAUAUGCUUCGAUUUGGCGCAAGAGCCCGUGAUCACUCUCUGUGGUCACCUAUUCUGUUGGCCAUGCCUUUAUAGGUGGCUCCAUCAUCAUUCCCAUUCUCAGGAGUGCCCUGUUUGCAAGGCCCUUGUGCAGGAGGAGAAAUUGGUGCCUCUUUAUGGAAGGGGCAAAACACAGACUGAUCCCAGGACCAAAUCAUAUCCUGGAAUGGAGAUCCCCCACCGUCCUUCGGGGCAGAGGCCGCAAACUGCGCCGCCCCCACCUCCUCCCGAGGCUAACCCUUUCGGGAGUUAUGGGUUUGGACUCAUGGGAGGGUUCAUUCCCAUGGCAACUGCCAGAUUUGGGAACUUCACACUUUCCACCGCUUUUGCUGGGUUUAUCCCAUCACUGCUCAACAUUCAUUUCCAUGGCUUUCAGGAUGCCACUGUCUAUGGGACAACUUCUGGUUAUCCCUUUGGUUUUAAUAGCUUUCACGGAGGGGGCGCACGGGGGUAUCAUCAGGCAACUGGUGGCCAAGUGCAGCGGCAGGAAGACAAUGUUUUGAAGAAUCUGCUUAUGUUGAUUGGGUUUCUUGUCCUCCUUACUGUUAUUUUUGUGUGGUAAUGCAUUUGUGUCGACGUUACAAUACCUCUUGAGGAGUUAUGUGUAAAUAUUUUAGCCGAUUGAAGAGGGAAUUCUAUGUUUGGGAAUGCUGCUACCUGUUUGACUCGUAUUAACUGUAUCAUAAGCAUCCGGUGAACUUGAAUUGUACCUGUUUGAUCUUUAUGACCUGCCUGCAGUUUUACUGUCUUUUAGUA